AUGAGCGACCAGUGGGAUAGGCUCUUGGACAUCUGGCAGGAUAGGUGGGAUAGUAGCGUGAAGAGUCGUUGGACCUACGGUAUCUUCCCAGACAUCAGGAGGAGACUGGUCCUCCCACUCGAGGUGGAUUACUACGUGUGCCAAUUCCUAACGGGGCACGGGGACUUUAACUCCAAGUUGGAGUCCUUCAACCUACGGGGAGAGGCCAUGUGCAGGUGGGAGACUGAGGACGAGUCGGUGGACCACGUGCUCUACAGAUGCCCUUUGCUCUCUGCUGAGAGAGAUAGGGUCAUCAGGCAAAUUGGAGAGGACGUUUGGCCGUGCGAGACCAAGGUGUUUAUGGACACGAGGUCGAACUACUGUGCCCUACGUCGCUUUGCUAGGGAGGCCAUCGAGGCCAAAAGAUCUUCGGACAGGUUAGGCUUAGUUCCUGGUUAG